UGGCAGAAUAAUCCUCUGUACAUUCAGAGCUUUACGGAGGCAGAAGAUGCGCUCAAGCGUCAUUAUAUAGUCCACUGCUCUCUUGACGUAGUUGACGGAAGGGUGAACAAUCCAAAAAAGUCUGGCCCAACAUUCAAUGAAACAUUUCUUGGUUUGCUCUAUCCAACUGAAAACUACAAAGUGUAUAGUUAUUUGACUAACACCGAGGUGAAGUUCAUAAUGGUGACAACAGAUAUGGACGUCAGAGAUGCAGAUGUGAGAAAUUUUUUCAGGAGGUUCCAUGCUGCUUACGUUGAUGCAGUUUCGAAUCCAUUUCACGUUCCAGGCAAGAAAAUAAAUUCCCGAACUUUUGCUGAAAGAUUCAGCACGAUUGUCAACUCGUUCAGAUUGAAUUCAGCUGGCUGA